AUGGAGGUCCGAACUUUUUCAGAGUUGGCGAAUAAGAGCAGACUUGCUGAAGAGUGUGUGAAAAGGAGGGUUGCAGAGGAAGGAAGUCAUAGAGAGCACAACCAAGGAUUCGCACCAAGGGGUCAAGAGUUUAAGGAGAGAGGAUACAUACAACACUUUCCCCAAGGACGGAAUAACUUUGCGACGAGUGAGGAGUCCCAAAGGAAUGGUAAGGGAAAACGGGCAGCGGCUGCUUCUAAUGUUUUGAGCUGUCAGAGGUGUGGAAAUCAUCACCUAAAUAGGCCAUGCCGAUUGGGGUUAGGCGUAUGUUACAAGUGCGGGUUACCAGGGCAUGUAUCAAGAAAUUGCCAACAAGGAGAGAGUCAGGAUGCGGGCCGAUCGCGGCAGUAA